GAUGUUUUUUUUCCAACAAUUGCUUCUAGAAAAGUCGGCAUUUUUUUUAACAUUUUCACAUUGCUCAGGUCGCAGCGUGUUUCAGGGAAUUAAUUAGAAACUAGCGCUGAACAACAGCCAGAUAGCCGCUCUGCCAGCAGACAUGGACAAGGUGAACGAACUCAAGGAGAAGGGCAACCAGGCGCUGAACGCCGAGAAGUUCGAUGAGGCGGUGGCGGCUUACACAGAGGCCAUCGCUCUGGAUGGCCAGAAUCAUGUGCUGUACAGCAACCGUUCGGCGGCCUACGCCAAGGCCGGCAAGUUCCAGGCGGCGCUGGAGGAUGCGGAGAAGACGAUCCAGCUGAAUCCCACCUGGCCGAAGGGUUACUCGCGCAAGGGAGCUGCUGCCGCUGGCCUGCAGGAUUUCAUGAAGGCCUUCGAGGCCUACAACGAGGGUCUCAAGUACGAUCCCCAGAACGCCAUACUGCUGCAGGGUCGGCAGGAUAUAACUGCCUCGGUGCUGAGCUACAUGCAGUCGCAGGGCGAUAUUCCCAUGGACAUUGAUCCCCAGCAGACGCGCACCCGGCGUGCUCCAUCGCCGCCACCCUCGAAGCCCGCUGAGCCGGCCAAACCGGCGGAGCCGCGUGUGGAGGAUAUGACGGAGGAGGAGAAGAAAAAGUACUUGGCCAAGAAGGAGAAGGAGCUGGGCAAUGCGGCGUACAAAAAGAAGGAGUUCGAAACGGCCCUCCAGCACUAUCACGCUGCCAUCGCCCAGGAUCCCACGGACAUAACAUUCUACAACAACAUUGCCGCCGUUCACUUUGAGCGCAAGGAGUACGAGGAGUGCAUCAAACAGUGCGAGAAGGGCAUCGAAGUGGGCCGCGAGACUCGCUCUGACUUUAAGCUGAUAGCCAAGUCUUUUGCCCGAAUCGGCAACACCUAUCGCAAGCUGGAGAACUACAAGCAGGCGAAGAUCUACUACGAGAAGGCCAUGUCCGAGCACCGUACCCCUGAGAUCAAGACCUCGCUGAGCGAGGUUGAGGCCAAGAUCAAGGAGGAGGAACGCAAGGCCUAUAUCAAUCCGGAGAAGGCCGAGGAGGAGAAGGAGCAGGGCAACCAUUUCUUCAAGAAGGGCGACUAUAGCACCGCUGUGAAGCACUAUUCCGAGGCUAUCAAGCGCAAUCCCGAUGAUCCCAAAUUGUACAGCAAUCGCGCCGCCUGCUACACCAAGCUGGCCGCCUUUGAUCUGGGACUGAAGGACUGCGAGACGUGCAUCAAGCUGGACGAUAAGUUCAUCAAGGGCUACAUUCGCAAGGGAAAGAUCCUGCAGGGCAUGCAGCAGACCUCCAAGGCCCAGUCGGCCUACCAGAAGGCCCUUGAGCUCGAUCCCAACAAUGCGGAGGCCGUCGAGGGCUAUCGCCAGUGCUCGAUGAACUUCCAGCGGAAUCCCCAGGAGGUGCUGAAGAACGCCAUGUCCGAUCCCGAGAUUCAGCAGAUCCUCAAGGACCCGGCCAUGCGCAUGAUCCUGGAGCAGAUGCAGAAUGAUCCCAAUGCAGUGAAAGAACACUUGCAGAAUCCAGCCAUCGCCGACAAGAUAAUGAAGCUACUGGAAUCGGGCAUCAUUCAGAUACACUAGGCACCUCCACCUUCCUCACACUCACACACCCCACACAUACUAACUCACACAACACACCCAACCAUAUUGAUAAAAAAUGCUGGAGACAAAAAAAAGCCCAAAUAACAAGCAUUAUACACAAUUUAAAGGCACCUCCACAAGCUGGUUAACAACUAAAAUAUCGUUUUCUAAGAGACGGGCCACAACAUUUAAUGCUAUAAACAUAAUUACCUUAGAGAUCGCAACGCCCAAAAAGCAGAAGGACGAUAACAACAAAUAACUAAAGAAUAAACAACAACAAAACAAGGAUAUAACUAAAAGGAAAGUAACAAAAUCAUUGAUAAAUGUCUGCCUAGUUGAUUUACGCGGAUGAAUGGAGUAGGCUCCAAACGUCAAGGUCCUUAUUUUCUUACUACAAUAACUAUGCUGUAGCUUAGCUCUAAAAUAAGUUUUUGAAUGUAAAAUAAAAGAGUCAGAAUGGUA